CAAUUCCCCUUCCAUAUCUCUCGCUCUCUCCCCCUCCGCCCCUGAUUCCCUUCCGCUCUCUCCGCCCCCUUUCAUCUCUCUCAGGCAGCAACGGCGAUGGGAUUCCAGCUCUCGUUUUCUUAAUUUAUUGCGGGAUGUUGUAGAGAGACGGAUCGGUUCGAUCAUCAGUAGCUGCUGUUGCUGCAGAGGAAGAAGCGAUCUUCGAGAUCCUAUGGUGGAGAAGGAGUCUUGUGUAGUUGAUAUCAGAUGCGCCAUCUUUUUAAACUGAACUGCACAACUCUUCUAUGGAUGGUGAGGUCGUGAGGUUCUGCAACUUGGCAUUUUUGUGACAGUGCAGUUUAGCAACAUGUUUGAUUGUGGUUACAAGUCCCAGUUUAUUGGUGGACAAAGAGAGAAGUUUGUAAGGCUGGAUGACUUGGACUCUAGAUUAUCCUUGGCUUCUGAUACAGGCGGAAUGAAUAGAUGUGGAUUCAGCAUUGAGGCGCUAGGUCAUAAAUCCAAAACCCCAUCAAAAUCCUUUAGGAAAGGAGUGCAAAAGGGAUCUGAAGGCCUUAAGUCAAUUGGUCGAUCACUUCGCUUUGGGGUUUCCAGGGCUGUGUUUCCAGAAGAUCUUAAGGUGUCAGAGAAGAAGAUAUUUGAUCCUCAAGAUAAAUUCCUUCAGAUAUGGAAUAGGCUUUUCGUCAUAUCUUGCAUUCUUGCAGUGUCGGUGGAUCCUUUGUUCUUUUAUCUUCCAUUUGUUGAUAAUAAAUCAAAUUGCCUUGGUAUAGAUCGAAAGUUAGCAAUUACAUCUACCACAGUAAGAACAGUCAUUGAUGCUUUCUAUGUGAUUCGCAUGGCCCUUCAAUUCCGAACAGCUUACAUUGCUCCAUCAUCUCGGGUUUUCGGGAGAGGUGAACUUGUGAUAGACCCUGCACAGAUAGCCAAGCGGUAUUUGAGUCGGUACUUUAUCAUCGACUUCCUUGCUGUACUGCCCCUUCCACAGGUUGUGAUUUGGAAAUUCCUUCACAGAUCUAAAGGUUCAGAUGUACAUGAAACGAAAAAUGCAUUGCUUUUCAUUGUCUUGCUUCAAUAUAUUCCCAGGUUCUUCCGGAUAUUUCCUUUGACUUCUGAACUGAAGAGGACUGCCGGUGUCUUUGCUGAAACUGCUUGGGCUGGUGCUGCAUACUAUUUGCUGUGGUACAUGCUUGCUAGUCAUAUAGUUGGUGCUUUCUGGUACUUGUUAGCUGUAGAACGUGUCGAUGCCUGCUGGCAUUUAGCUUGUACUGGUUUCAAGGACUGCAACGGAAAUUACUUAUAUUGUGGUAACUGGCAUAUGGAAGGUUAUGAUAAGUGGAACACAGCUAAAACCGGAAUUCUUAGUAGCAAUUGUUCUGCUUCUGAUGACUCACCAUUUGAUUUUGGAAUCUACAGUCAGGCUCUGUCGUCUCGAAUUGUUGAAUCCAUAUCAUUCGUGUCUAAAUAUUGUUACUGCUUGUGGUGGGGUUUACAGAAUUUGAGUACACUUGGCCAGGGGCUUGCGACUAGUACCUACCCUGGAGAGGUUAUAUUCUCCAUAGCACUUGCCAUUCUUGGGCUUAUUCUUUUUGCUCUCCUUAUUGGCAACAUGCAGACAUAUCUCCAAUCACUGACCAUUCGGCUUGAAGAGAUGAGAGUCAAAAGGCGUGAUUCAGAGCAGUGGAUGCACCAUCGCUUGCUUCCUCAGGAUCUUAGGGAACGUGUUAGACGCUAUGACCAAUACAAGUGGUUGGAGACACGAGGGGUGGAUGAAGAAAGCUUAGUUCAGUCCCUGCCCAAGGAUCUUAGAAGGGACAUCAAGAGACAUCUCUGCUUGGCAUUGGUGAGAAGGGUGCCUUUGUUUGAGAAAAUGGAUGAGCGGUUGCUGGAUGCCAUAUGCGAACGGCUCAAGCCCAGCUUAUAUACGGAUAACACUUACAUUGUCAGGGAAGGGGACCCUGUGGACGAGAUGCUCUUCAUCAUACGCGGUCGUUUGGAGAGCGUGACGACUGACGGCGGGAGGACUGGGUUCUUCAAUCGCGGCUUACUGAAAGAAGGGGAUUUUUGCGGUGAGGAACUGCUGACAUGGGCUUUGGAUCCGAAAGCUGGUGCUAGCCUCCCAUCUUCAACCAGAACAGUGAAAGCGUUGACGGAGGUGGAAGCUUUCGCCCUGAUAGCUGAUGAGUUGAAAUUUGUGGCCAGUCAGUUCAGGCGGCUGCACAGCAGACAGGUGCAGCACACGUUCCGCUUCUACUCUCAGCAAUGGAGGACAUGGGCUGCGUGCUUCAUCCAAGCAGCAUGGCGACGGCACACGAAGAGGAAGAUUGCAGAGCUGCGGCGCAAGGAGGAAGAAGAAGAAGAGGAGGAGGAAGUGAUGUGGCAUGGAAAUAGUGUAGCAGGUGGUUCGUCAAGUCUAGGGGCCACCAUUUAUGCAUCACGGUUUGCGGCUAAUGCUCUCCGCGGUGUUCACAGGCUCCGGGAUGCAAAGAGUGGGAGGGACCUGGUGAAAUUGCAGAAGCCUCCAGAGCCGGAUUUCACUACUGAUUAUGCAGAUUGAAGUUAAAAAUCUGGAAUAGGUUUUCUAGCAAGGAUCUUCCCCAAGAGGCUUGCUGGUCUACUCCCCCCUUCUGUCCCACCACUUGAUGAUCUGAACCGCUCAAUCUAGAAGCUCUUUCAGUUAUAUGAUCAACAUCCAACUAAAUCUCAUUGAAAGUCACAUUGCCACCCAUCAUGCAAAGGUAAGCUUGCCACUGCUAGUCUGUGUAUGGUUGUUGCAAGUCACAUUUAUGGAUGAAGAGAUGUCCAAUGAGUGAGAUUUUUCUCUCCUUCAGAACCAUCUACGAUGAGAACUAGAUCAACAGCUUCAAAAAUCCAAUUGUGGGGCAGAAGGGCCAAGCAGAUUGGGUUAGGCUGGAGCCUUGCUAGCAAAUCUCAAUCUGGACACACUACCUGAUGGACGGAUGGAUAGAGGGACAGUGCCCUGAUUCCUUUUUAUUUUAUUUUUAUUUUUUUCUGCACAAGUAUACAUGCAACCCACACUAAACUGACAUAGAGAUUGUAUAUGUUGAUGAGGUUGAUGAUUCCUCUUAUUCUGUAUAUGGCAAAGGAAUUCCCUA